CACAGGGUCCUUCGAGCGAGUAUUAGAAAGAGUUUUGGGUGUUGUUUUGGAGGCGUCUUCGCUGGUAUCUUGUGGAGUUCAGCUGCGGGGAAAGGCGAGGGGAGUAAGACGAACCUCUAGCCGAGAGGCUGGACUCCAGUCGGCGUCGAGGCUCCAGAAUUCGCGGCUAGGAAUCUCCGUCAUUCCCGGCAUUCCUGUGCCGUUUCGCCGUGCCCCGUAACCCUCAACCAGAGCGUCGUGUGUGCGAGAGACCGGUGCAACCAUGAGUAAAGUCAAGGUGGCCGUCCGCGUGCGGCCCAUGAACAAACGCGAAACGGCUAUGAAUGCAGGCUGUGUGGUAGAUAUGGAGGGAAACCAGACUUUCCUUACACCACCCGACGGAGGACACAAGAAGUCAAAGACGUUUGCGUUCGACCACUGUUUCUGGUCUGUGGAUCCGGACAACCCGAAAUUCAGCGGGCAAGAGUUUGUUUUUGAUCAGCUGGGAGCUGACGUGUUGGAGAAUGCAUUCAGUGGAUACAAUGCCUGCAUCUUUGCCUACGGACAGACAGGGUCAGGCAAAUCAUACACGAUGAUGGGCUCGCUCACAGAAGACAGCCUCAAAGGAAUCAUCCCCAGACUCUGUGACACCAUGUUUGAUCGAAUCGCUGAGGGGAAGAUGGCCAACUCGAGAAUGAGUUACAAGGUGGAAGUGGCCUACAUGGAGAUAUACUGCGAGAAAGUCAGAGAUCUUCUAUGCCCUAAAGGAGGUAAACACUCGCUGAAAGUGAGAGAGCACAAGAGUCUGGGUCCGUACGUGGAGGGUCUGUCGAAGCUGGCGGUGACGUCGUUCAUAGACAUCAACGAGGUGAUGUCGGAGGGCAACAAGUCGCGGACGGUGGCAGCCACGCAGAUGAACGCCGAGAGUUCUCGAUCUCACGCCGUGUUUUCCAUCGUUAUCACUCAGACAGAGUUUGACCCUAAAUCUCAGCUAGGGAUGGAGAAGGUGGCCAAGAUGAGUCUGGUCGAUCUCGCCGGCAGCGAGAGGGCGGGGAAGACGGGUGCUCUCGGAGACAGACUCAAGGAAGGUAGCAACAUCAACAAGAGUCUCACGACGUUGGGACUCGUUAUUUCCUCUCUGGCUGACAUGUCUUCAGGAAAGAAAGGAAAGACUUCGUUUGUCCCUUACCGAGACUCCAUCCUGACGUGGCUACUGAAGGAUAAUCUGGGCGGCAACAGUAAGACGGUGAUGAUUGCCACGGUGAGCCCCGCCUCCGAUAACUACGAGGAGAGUCUGUCAACACUGAGAUAUGCCGACCGUGCAAAACGCAUCGUCAAUCAUGCCGUCGUCAACGAGGACAAGAAUUCCCGGGUGAUAAGGGAGCUAAGAGAGGAGGUGGAGAAACUGAGGCAGAUGCUGGAGAUAUCGGGCGGGGCUGGCGCGGGCGGAGAAGGGGCGGGGGCCGGCGGGCUGGGGUCAUCAAGCACGCGGGAGAUGACGGAGCUGCAGGAGAAGUUGAGGAUCAGUGAGAGCCUGAUGCAGGAGAUGACCAUGACCUGGGAGCAGAGGGUCAAGGCCACCGAGAGGAUUCACCAGGAGCGGCAGAAAGCACUGGAGAACAUGGGGAUAUCCAUCCAGGAGGCCGGGAUCGGAGUGAGGUCAGACAAGUACUACCUCGUCAAUCUGAAUGCCGACCCGUCAAUGAACGAACUACUUGUUUGUUACCUCAAGGAAGUGACGAGGAUAGGAAGACCAGAGGCUGAU